GCUCGCACUACUUGGGACAGGGAGUCAAGUGAAAUGCGCUAUAAGAGGCUUCAACAUUUGCUUGAAAAAAGCAACAUCUAUUCCAAAUUCUUGCUAACCAAAAUGGAACAGCAGCAACUGGAGGAACAAAGAAGGAAAGAGAAGUUGGAAAAAAAGAGAGAGAUGAUGUUAAAAUCUGCCAAAGGUCAAAACCCAGUUGAUGGCAAAGAGGAGAAAGCAGGUGCAAAAAAGAAGAGAGGAAGAGAAGAUGGGACAUACAAUAUCUCAGAAAUCAUGUCCAAAGAGGAAAUACUAUCGGUGGCAAAAAAAAGUAAAGUGGAAAAUCAGGAUGAAAUCUCUUCUGACAACCUGUGUCCAGAAGACCUGCAGAAAAACGGCGACUCAAAUAGCGUCAUUAAGGAUAGAUUGUGUCAAGCUGUACGACACAGUGCCAAGCAAUUCCUUGAUCCAGUACGGAAAUUUAACGGACAACCAGUGCCUUUUCAGCAGCCAAAGAUUUUUACUGGAGGUGUAAUGAGGUGGUACCAAGUGGAAGGCAUGGAGUGGCUACGGAUGCUUUGGGAAAAUGGUAUCAACGGCAUUUUAGCUGAUGAAAUGGGGUUGGGAAAGACAAUCCAGUGUAUUGCAACGAUAGCACUGAUGGUGGAGCGAGGAGUCCCUGGUCCAUUCUUAGUAUGUGGUCCUUUGUCUACUCUUCCAAAUUGGAUGUCUGAAUUCAAGAGAUUUACUCCAGAGAUUCCCCUCAUGCUCUAUCAUGGAGCUCAGCAGGACCGUCGCAAAUUGCACUGCUUCUGGAAAUACCUGAUAGUAGAUGAAGGGCACCGAAUUAAAAAUAUGAACUGCCGCCUUAUCAGAGAAUUGAAACGAUUUAAUGCAGACAAUAAGCUCCUGUUGACCGGUACUCCCCUGCAAAACAACCUGGCAGAGCUUUGGUCGUUGCUUAACUUCCUGUUGCCAGAUGUGUUUGAUGAUUUGAAAAGCUUUGAAUCCUGGUUUGAUAUUACCAGUGUUACAGAAACUGCCGAAGAUAUUAUUGCUAAAGAAAGGGAGCAAAACAUCUUGCAUAUGCUGCAUCAGAUUUUGACACCUUUCUUACUGAGAAGACUGAAAUCUGAUGUUGCUCUUGAGGUUCCUCCUAAACGAGAAGUUGUGGUAUAUGCACCGCUGACAAAGAAGCAAGAAACUUUCUAUACUGCCAUUGUAAAUCGCACCAUUAGCAAACUGCUUGGAAAUAAUGAGGAAGAAGUAGUUGAGUUGAGUCCUACAGGCCGACCAAAACGUCGUCGUCGGAAACUGGUUGAUUAUUGUGAAGAACGUAAUGAUUCACCUGAUGACUUGGAAAAAUUGAUCAGCAAAAUGCAAGCGGAAGUAGAAAAAGAGAGGCCGGUGGUAGAAGUGAGCAUUCCCAUGGAUUCAGAGGUGAACCUUAAACUGCAGAAUAUUAUGAUGUUACUGAGGAAAUGUUGCAAUCACCCCUAUCUUAUUGAAUACCCGUUGGACCCUGCUACACAACAAUUCAAGAUUGAUGAAAACUUAGUCAAGAAUUCAGGCAAGUUUCUGCUCUUGGAUCGAAUGCUCCCAGAACUGAAGAAGAGAGGACAUAAGGUCUUGUUAUUCUCACAAAUGACUAUGAUGCUUGACAUUUUGAUGGAUUACUGUUACCUGAGAGACUUCAAAUUUAGUCGAUUGGAUGGCUCGAUGUCCUACUCGGAGAGAGAAGAGAAUAUGCAUCAAUUUAAUACUGACCCUGAAGUCUUCCUGUUCUUAGUGAGUACAAGAGCUGGAGGCCUGGGCAUUAACUUAACUGCGGCAGAUACGGUUAUCAUAUAUGAUAGUGACUGGAACCCCCAGUCGGACUUGCAGGCCCAAGACAGGUGUCACAGAAUUGGCCAGACAAAGCCGGUGGUUGUUUAUCGUCUUGUGACAGCAAAUACUAUUGACCAGAAGAUUGUGGAGAGAGCUGCUGCCAAGAGGAAGCUGGAAAAGCUGAUUAUCCACAAAAAUCAGUUUAAAGGUGGGAAGUCUGGUCUAGCACAGUCAAAGAGCUGCCUGGAUCCUCAGGAAUUAUUAGAAUUACUGAAAUCCAGAGACUAUGAGAGGGAGGUUAAAGGAUCUAAAGAGAAAGUAAUCAGUGAUAAAGAUCUAGAGUUACUCUUGGAUAGAAGUGAUCUUAUUGAUCAAAUGAAGGCCUCUGAAAAACUGAAAAAGGAAAAAAUGGGUGUCUUCAAGGUCCUAGAAGAAUCGUCGGAUUCCAAUGCAGAAUGUGUGUUUUAAUGUUAAAAUGUGGUCUGUAGGUUUACAGGACAAAUGUAGGGCUGGCAUCAGAUCUCCCAGAGAUGUCGCUUACAGAUCCUGAUCCUUCAUGCUGACUUUGUUUAAGGCCUUGUUCAAAUCCCUUGUGUUCUUUCAGUGAAUUUUAACAUGUU